AAAUUAAAAAACCAAGAAAUUCGAUUCAGAAUCAAAUGACUCAUCACCACCAACCAAUCACUAUCACUACACCAUUUUCCAUCGCAACAAAACAAUGCUGUGUUUGAAAACACACCUCUCUUUUCCAUUCCGCACCCCUUCAUCACCAUCCUCAAAACACCUCACACACCACCUCCGUUUCUCGCCGUUCAGAUCCACAAUCAAGAUGUCAUCAUCAACCUAAACCAAAACCAAAGCCAUCGAACACAUCGUCCUCUUCAAAGUCAAAGAAAACACCGAACCCUCCAAAGUAACCUCCAUGGUUAACGGCCUCAGUUCCCUCAUCUCCCUAGAUCAAGUCCUGCAUCUCACCGUAGGCCCUCUCCUACGCAACCGCUCCACCGCGUUAACGUUCACUCACAUGCUUCACAGUCGGUACAAAUCCAAAGAAGAUCUCGAAGCCUACUCUGCGCAUCCAAGCCAUCUUGGAGUCGUUAGAGGAAGCGUUCUUCCGAUUAUUGAUGAUCUAAUGGCGGUGGAUUGGGUGGCGGAGGAUGUUGACGGUGGUGAAUUGGUUCCGAGUCCUGGAUCGGCGAUUCGUCUGACGCUUUUGAAGUUGAAGGAGGGGGCUGUUAGCGAUGAGGUUGUGGAGGUUAUUAAGGGAAUUCCGGAGAGUUUUAAGCAGAUUAAGGAACUGACUUGCGGAGAGAAUUUCUCGCCGGCGAGGGCGAAGGGUUUCUCGGUUGCUUCGCUUGCUGUGUUUCCGGGGGAGAGGGAAUUGGAGGAAGUUGAUUCGAAUAAGGAGCUGGUGGAGUAUCAGAAGGAGAAGGUUAGAGAUCGUGUGGAGAGUGUGGUGGUGGUUGAUUAUGUUGUGCCGCCGCCGCCGCCACCGCAAUCGGCGAGUCUUUGAUUGGAUGAAGGUUCGGUGUUUUUGAAAUUUGAGUUAAAUAAUUAUGGGAUUUGAUAAAAGCUUCGAUGAUAUUACUGUUAUGAUGCAAUGUAGAACUAUAAUAAGGGUUGAUGCUUUCACUUCA